AUGCAGCUGGACCUGCAGCAGCCAGCACCUGUUGACCUCGGCGAGCUGGGGGAAGCUGCGCAGCGCCGCCAGCUGGCGCAGCUCCAGGAGGCGCUGGCGAAGGGCGGCGCCAGCCGGCUGGAGCACUAUGUGCACAACGUGGUGGGCGCCCUCGACCUGGCGCCCGCCAUGUUUGGGCAGCGCGAGACCUACCUGGAUGCAGUACGGCGUCGGCAGGACCGCGAGGCGCUGGCGCAGCUGCGCACCGGGUCGCAUUGGGGCGCGGAAGAGACCGGCCGCUGGACGCGGCGCCCCCGAGAGCAGCGAGAGGGUGAGGAGUGGUGCACCAUGGAAGGCGUCAUCGAUCAGCGGGGCAGGGGGAGUGGCACGCGGUACCUGUGCCGGUUUGAGGGGUAUGGCGCGGAUGACGACAUGUGGCUGCCGGCCAGCCAGAUCACGGAGGGCUACUCGCUUGUGAACCACCGACCAGGGACCCCCUGCUCGACGGGCAGGGGACGCGGCGGCGUGGCCAUCUACGCCCGCAGCUCUCUGGCCUUUGCCUCGGCGGCAUCGUAUCGGGCGGAGGCUGGGCGGCGCGCGAUGCACCUGCUGCGUCGCCGCCUGGCCGAGAAUGGGUUGCAGGACCCCCUGCUCAGCAUGCGUGCGUUCAAGUCUUACGUCCUGCCGACGUUGUCAUACGGGGCAGAGAUCUGGGCGCCGCAGCUGAUUCUGCAGGGCAGGACGGCAUGCGAGCGGGUACAGCUGGAGUACCUGCGAGGGCUGCUGGGUGUGCGGGACAGCACCCCAGCCCUCAUUGUGCUGGCAGAGACGGGGCAGCUGCCGCUGCCCGCCUACUGGACCUUGCAGGUUGCACGCUUUGUGAGCAACCUGCAGGCUAUGGGCGGCGAGCGGGUCGCCCGUCUUGCCAUGCUGGAUAGCGUUGCGCUGGCUGCCGACACGGACACAGGGCUGCCACUGGCCCGGCAGCCCUGGGCAGCGCAGGCCACGCACAGCUUCACGGACGCAGAUCCCUUCCGGAUUUACGUCAGGGACCAGUGGGCCAUCUGGCUCGGCAGCUGGGACACUUAG